GUCAAAUUCUUUUCUACUCACGCCAUUUCUGGUGCACGUGUAUUAUUCACGAAAUUGCUGGAUAUUUAAACUAAAAUGGAUAAGCCAAACGUUCUUGCUCGUGUUGUCAAGGUUUUGGGCCGUACCGGAUCCCAGGGACAAUGUACCCAAGUCAAGGUGGAGUUUAUCGGCGAAACUAGCAGGCAAAUAAUUAGAAAUGUAAAAGGACCAGUGCGUGAUGGUGACAUCCUGACUCUUCUCGAGUCUGAGCGUGAAGCCAGAAGACUGCGAUAAACGGUCGUGGCUAGCUGCUGAUUAGGUUAAGGCUCUUACCAUCUAUCCAAUUAUUAUGUUAACUUAAAGAAACCGUCAAAGAUGACCAUCUCAUUGUACUGACACAUAAUAAACAACUUACCGGUGUA